CACACACAGUCGCUGACACAGUCCAUUUCCAGGGACUGGCAGAUGCAGCUCCUGGAUAAAUGAAUCUUUGGGGAUUUCUCUGAAAAAAGACAAAGGAUGCCCAUAACCAUCAAAAAGAAGCUAGAAAACUGUACAGACCAAGAGGAUGAUGAGGUGAAGCUGGAGGUAGAGAUGAGCAAGCCUUCACUGGAGUUGAACUGGAGGAAAAAUAAUGUCGCUCUGCAGGCUGGGAACAAUGUGGAGAUGCAUGUUGAAGAGACUAAACACUCACUUUUCUUCAAGAAAAACUCCAGAACUGAGCAGGGCUACUAUUGCUGUGAGACCGCGGAUGACAAGACUCAGGCAAAACUAACAGUUGAAAAGCUUCCAAUAUGUAUAGUGAAGCCUCUCAGGGUCAAAAUUGCCAUAUACAAGCAUAAAGCCCUCCUGGAGUGCCAGGUUUCUCAUGCUAAUGCUAAAGUUAAGUGGUACAAGGACAACAAGGAAAUCAAGGCCAACAACAAAUACAAUCUCAUCAGCAAGGAUGUCUAUAGGCAGCUUUACAUCAAUGAAGUGGAAUUUUCUGAUGAAGACACUUACACUUGUGAUGCCAUUGAUGAAAAGACCUCUUGCCAACUACUUGUGGAGGAACAAGUCAUUAACGUUGUGCGAGAGCUAAGGGACGUGGAAGUGAUGGAGCCCAGCCCAGCGCACUUUGAGGCAGAGAUCAGUAUUAAGUCAGAAAAGCUGCCGAAGUGGACACUGAGAGGAGAGUUACUGAAGGCCAACGAUGAUGUGGAAAUGGAAAAGAUGGACAAUGUUUACCGCCUCAUCUUUAAAAAUACCAAGGCCACCAUGUCUGGUCCUCUACAGUUUAUGAUUGGCAAGAGCAAAUCUGUUGCACAACUCACUAUUUUGGAACGUCCCCUGAGCAUUGUCAAACCAAUAAAGGACACAGAAACCAAAGAGAACGGAUCAGUCACCCUCAGUUGUGAGUUUUCUUCCUCACCCAGAAUGGUGAGAUGGUUCAAGGGUGAAACUCUGCUGGAGAGUAGCAGGAAGUACAACAUAAGGCAAGAAAUGAAAAGUGCAGAGCUCACCAUCCAGAACCUGCACGGAAAUGAUUCUGGGGAGUACCACUGCCAUGCUGGAGGCUGUGAGAGCAAGGCUACACUCACUGUGGAGGUACGGAGGGUUCAGAUAAUAAAGCACCUAAAAGAUGCUGAAGUAGAAGAGGACACCAGUGCCAUGUUCAUUUGUGAGCUGAACUAUUCCGAUGUGGAUGUACAGUGGUUCCUCAACAAAAGGCGCCUUUGGCCCAGUAAUGUGAACCAGAUCAAACACGUGGAUAAUACUCAUAGCCUUACUCUUAAGCGGCUACCACCUGAAGACAGUGUGAUAACAAUUCAAGCUGAAAAUGCCAGUGAGUCUGCCUCUCUAAAGAUCAAAGAAAAGCCAGCUAUGUUUGUGAAGCCUUUGAAGAACAUGGUGGGAGAGGAAGAGGAUACCAUUUCCUUGGAGUGUGAAGUCUCCAAGCCCCUGGUUUUCCCCAUCUGGAAGAAAGAUGGUGUGGUCCUGGCCACCAGUGACAAGUAUGAGAUGCUACAUUUAUCCAGGUUCAUUAGUCUGAUUAUCCAUGAUAUCAAACAGGAGGACACAGGAGAGUAUUGCUGUGAACUUGGCACGGACCAGACCAAAUCCAGGGUCACUGUGAAAGACAUCACCAUUGAUUUCAUCAAGCGGCUGAAGACAGUUGAAGUAAAGGAAGGCGAGACCUGCAAUUUUGUGUGUGUUCUUUCCAAAUAUAUAGCAGAUGAAUACAUAUGGACAUUGAAUGGUCAACCUGUGGUCAGUGAUGGUCGUUUCCAAAUCUCCAAUGAGAAAAGGAAAUACAAGAUGAGCAUUAAGGAAGUGAACAUGUCUGACUCUGGGGAUGUGGUCUUCACAAUAAGGAACCUCAGUUCCAAGACAAUGCUGUUUGUGAAAGAAAAGCCUGUCAUGGUGUACAGAGAUAUGCAGAGCCUGUCUGUGACCCCAGGAGAGGAUGCUGAGCUCAGCUGUGAGGUCACAAAGUGUAAUGCUAAAGUCAAGUGGCUCAAAGAUGGGAAAACAAUUAAGAACAGUCCAAGGUAUGAGUUCAGCCAGAUAGAAAAUCUUGUGAAGCUGGUGAUCCACAAUGCAAUGAUCACAGACUCAGGAGAAUACUGCUGUGAGGUGAAUGGAGCUACCUCAAGGGCCAGGCUGAAUGUUAAAGACCUGGAGCACAUCUUUUCCAGGGAGCUGAGGGACACGAAAGCAGAGGAGAAUGGUGUGGCUAUUCUGGAAUGUGAAACUAGGCGUCCAGCCCUCAGAAUGACAUGGCUUAAAGGCAUGGUCAUACUGAAACCUGGGAGUAAAUACAAUAUAAAACAGCAAGGGAACAUACUCUCCCUCACCAUCAAGGGGCUGGAAAAAAGUGACAGUGACAUCUACACCUGUGAUGUGGGAACUGCCCAAAGCAGGGCUGUACUGACAGUAAAAGAACGACAGGUUUUUUUCAUGGAAGAGCUGGAAGACAAAGUGUGUUUGGAAGGUGACACCAUCAUGUUUAAGUGCCGUAUCUGUCCCAGUGAUUACUUCAAUGUAAGGUGGUAUCUGGACAGAACUCUGCUGCAUACUGACCACCUGAACAAAAUCCAAAUUCUUCCUGGGGGCUACCACACCCUCACCAUGAGGAACCUGGCGCGAAAGGACUCAGGCAUCAUUACCCUUGAGGCUGGAGGCAAAAGAUUAUAUGCCUUCCUGCUUGUCAGAGAAAAACGCCCAAAAUUCACAAAGGCAUUACAGGACUGUAAAGCAAUUGAUGGGGAAAAUUUGGUACUCUCAUGCAAGACUUCCAAAGCCUGCCAUAUUCUGUGGUACAGGGAUGGUUGCUUAAUAUGGAACUCCUCAAAGUACUUGGCACGUGGUUUGGACAAUGAGGCAACCCUGACAAUCUACAAUGUGAAUGAGAAGGACACAGGGUGGUAUGAAUGUCAUGCUGGAUCAGUCAGCACCAAGGCCCAAGUUACUGUCAAGAGCCAUCACUCCAUCCCACAACCAAUGGAGAAUAUUUUUGACCAGAGCAGUGAAAGUCCUGUCUUCGCCACCAUAAUCAAAGAACAUUUAGCUUCAUGGACCGGAGAACCACUUCAAGAAACUGAGCACAUAGGGCUGCUCCAUCAUACUGCCCACUGUGCUCCCAUUCUUGUCAGCACUGAUGCUAUGCACAGGAGAACCGUUACUUCUCUGUUCAAGAUCUCUGGUGAAGAGCAGUCUUGCAGUGCUGAGCUGACGUUGGAAAGACAGGAGACCGAGUUUGAUGAAAGAGAUGCCUGGGAUAAACUUUACCAGCACAGACCUGAAAAGGACUGGAAGGAGGAGGAAUGCAAUGAAUUAUGCCCUGUGUUAUCAGAAGGCAUAAUGAUUGCAGACACAUCCAAUAAUUUGACAAAACAUCAAGAGCAAUCCAGAAAGCUGGGGUGUUUGGCGCGGUUGGACACAGCCCUGUCUCUACCCUACUCUGAGGCAGAAGACCCUACUUUUGGUUUGAAUAGCAUCCCCAUGCAGAGGCUCAUUAAGAGCACCUCCUGCAGCCACGCCCAGGAGGUUUCUUGCCUCUCUGCCCCUGGAGUGAUUUUGAAAGAGAUAACGGCGCAGGAGCAAGCCUAUGAGCAUCUGAGGUCCAGUCUCUCUAAACAGCUGAAUGAACCCCUUCUGGAGUACAGAGAGGACCAUGCUGAUACAGAAGGCAGAAAAGGCCAGAGAGGUGGCCCAUCACACUGUAUAACCAUGGUUAAAUCCAUCUCUUGUGAUAGCGGAGUCACAAGGCCUCAGUCUAAUGUCAACAAGCAGGAUCAGUUGUGGAGCAGGUCCUUAGACGAUUUUAUGAGCAUGAUUCCAGAGUCAACUGAACUGAGGGAAUCAGGGGAGAAAAGCAAAAAGCUGGAGAUUUCUAGGACUGAGUGUAUUCAGUACUCACUCGCCUGCAAAGGCCCAGUGAUGCUGCAGCAGUCCAUCCCAGAGCUACUGGUGGCUCCAGCCAAGCACACUUCAUUGGCUGUCCCCAAAGACCAGAAUGACCACAGUAUCACUUCUGUUAGCAGUGGAUCCUCUUCUGAGUUUAAUAAAACAGAUACCUGGGAUAAAAUUUACCAGCACAGACCUGAAAAGGACUGGAAGCAGGAGGAAUGCAAUGAAUUAUGCCCUUUGUCAUCAGACAGCAUAAUGACUUCAGACACAUCAAAUAAUGUGACAGAACAUCAAGAGCAAUCCAGAAAGCUGGGGUGUUUGGCGCGGUUGGACACAGCCCUGUCUCUACCCUACUCUGAGGCAGAGGACUCUACUUUUGGUUUGAAUAGCAUCCCCAGGCAGAGGCUCAUUAAGAGCACCUCCUGCAGCCACGCCCAGGAGGUUUCCUGCCUCUCUGCCCCUGGAGUGAUUUUGAAAGAGAUAACGGCGCAGGAGCAAGCCUAUGAGCAUCUGAGGUCCAGUCUCUCUAAACAGCUGAAUGAACCCCUUCUGGAGUACAGAGAGGACCGUGCUGAUACAGAAGGCAGAAAAGGCCAGAGAAGUGGCCCAUCACACUGUGUAGCCAUGGUUAAAUCCAUCUCUUAUGACAGCGGAGUCACAAGGCCUCAGUCUGACAUCUACAGGCAGCAUCAGUUGUGGAGCAGGUCCUUAGAUGAUUUUAUGAGCAUGAUUCCAGAGUCAACUGAACUGAGGGAAUCAGGGGAGAAAAGCAAAAAUUUGGAGAUUUCUAGGACUGAGUGUAUUCAGUACUCACUCGCCUGCAAAGGCCCAGUGAUGCUGCAGCAGUCCAUCCCAGAGCUACUGGUGGCUCCAGCCAAGCACACUUCAUUGGCUGUCCCCAAAGACCAGCAUGACCACAAUGUCACUUCUGUUAGCAGUGGAUCCUCUUCUGAGUUUAAUAAAACAGACGUCUGGGAUAAACGUCACCAGGACAUACCUGAAAAGGACUGGAAGGAGGAGGAAUACAAUGAAUUAUGCCCUUUGUCAUCAGACAGCAUAAUGACUUCAGACACAUCCAAUAAUGUGACAAAACAUCAAGAGCAAUCCCGAAAGCUGGGGUGUUUGGUGCGGUUGGACACAGCCCUGUCUCUACCCCACUCUGAGGCAGAGGACUCUACUUUUGGUUUGAAUAGCAUCCCCAGGCAGAGGCUCAUUAAGAGCACUUCCUGCAGCCACGCCCAGGAGGUUUCCUGCCUCUCUGCCCCUGGAGUGAUUUUGAAAGAGAUAACGGCGCAGGAGCAAGCCUAUGAGCAUCUGAGGUCCAGUCUCUCUAAACAGCUGAAUGAACCCCUUCUGGAGUACAGAGAGGACCGUGCUGAUACAGAAGGCAGGAAAGGCCAGAGAGGUGGCCCAUCACACUGUGUAGCCAUGGUUAAACCAAUCUCUUAUGACAGCGGAGACACAAGGCCUCAGUCUGACGUCUACAAGCAGCAUCAGUUGUGUAGCAGGUCCGUAGAUGAUUUUAUGAGCAUGAUUCCAGAGUCAACUGAACUGAGGGAAUCAGGGGAGAAAAGCAAAAAGGUGGAGACUUUUAGGACUGAGUGUAUUCAGUACUCACUUGCCUGCAAAGGCCCAGUGAUGCUGCAGCAGUCUAUCUCAGAGCUACUGGUGGCUCCAAGCAAGCACACUUCAUUGGCUGUCCCCAAAGACCAGCAUGACCACAAUGUCACUUCUGUUAGCAGUGGAUCCUCUUCUGAGUUUAAUAAAACAGACGUCUGGGAUAAACUUCACCAGGACAUACCUGAAAAGGACUGGAAGGAGGAGGAAUACAAUGAAUUAUGCCCUGUGUUAUCAGACAGCAUAAUGACUUCAGACACAUCAAAUAAUGUGACAAAACAUCAAGAGCAAUCCAGAAAGCUGGGGUGUUUGGCGCGGUUGGACACAGCCCUGUCUGUACCCCACUCUGAGGCAGAGGACUCUUUUGGUUUGAAUAGCAUCCCCAGGCAGAGGCUCAUUAAGAGCACCUCCUGCAGCCACGCCCAGGAGGUUUCCUGCCUCUCUGCCCCUGGAGUGAUUUUGAAAGAGAUAACGGCGCAGGAGCAAGCCUAUGAGCAUCUGAGGUCCAGUCUCUCUAAACAGCUGAAUGAACCCCUUCUGGAGUACAGAGAGGACCAUGCUGAUACAGAAGGCAGAAAAGGCCAGAGAAGUGGCCCAUCACACUGUAUAACCAUGGUUAAAUCCAUCUCUUAUGACAGCGGAGUCACAAGGCCCCAGUCUGACAUCUACAAGCAGCAUCAGUUGUGGAGCAGGUCCUUAGGUGAUUUUAUGAGCAUGAUUCCAGACUCAGCUGAACUGAGGGAAUCAGGGGAGAAAAGCAAAAAGGUGGACACUUUUAGCACUGGGGCUUUCAUAGUUGAUGAGGACGAUGCUCCUGAAAAUGUUGAUACAGACCCUGAAGAAUCAGUAAAGGCAGCUGUGGAUACACAGAUUGGGAGCAGAACUUAUUCACUUGCUGCUGAGAAGGCUGCCAUGAUUGAAAUGACUCUGCCUUUAAUGGUGCAGUCCCUGCCUGAAGAGGUUAAAACAAUGACACAUGUAAUAUUUGCUCCGGGGAUGCAUGAAGAAUUAGAAUGUAGCUCCAUUCCGGAGACAACGCAAGCUGAGCACACAUUAAUAUUGAGCAGCAUGCAGCCAGUCAAGAAGGGCUUAUUGCAACAAAACCCAUUAUUUACAAAAUCCCAGCUUUUGAUUCCUAGUUCCUUGGAGCAAUCGGACAGGCCCCAAAAUAUGGAUAUAUCUCUGAAGCCUCUAGAGACAUCCCAAGAGAUCCUUUCACUUGAUCCUCAAAAUAAGGAGCAAGGUCUUUUCAGUUUACACAGUUCCGUCAAUAUAACUAAUGUGGGGUUAAAAAAGUCAGACAAAGGUGAUCAGGUGGCAGUGUUAGUUGAAGAUGAAAACCCUGCCCUGCUGGAGAUAAAAGAGGAAAAAAGGCCAGAGGAUAGGAAACUGUCAACAGUGGAGAAAUCAGAUAGUACUCACAAAAUCUCUCAUAUAAAUGAUUUUCAAAAAAAGUCUGCAACCCUUCAGGUAUCUAACAAGAAAACCUUAAGCAAUUUUUGUCGCUAUGGUUCCCAGUCAGCACUCGACACCAUACCCCCCUCUGGUAAAUCUGGGAAGUCUGUGCUGAAGCAGUUUUUUUGGAGGCAGUCCGGGACAGUUAAGUCCUCCAAACAAAAAGGAAGGGAGAAACUGCCAGGACGUGAUUUUCCCUCUUCACUGCAACAGCAACAAAAAGCUGAAGAUCUCUCCAUCUCAACGAAACUCAUGGAAUCCAUGUCCAGAUUUUCUAAGCUGUUGAACAGGAAAUACAGUAAAGAAAAAGGGGAAGGUGACAGGUCAAAGGUAGCAUCUCUUCCCAAGGGAAUGCUGCUAGGCAUUGGAGAUGCAAGCUCACACAAGAGAGCACCCAGUGAAUUCUACAAAUUGCCCAUUUUAAAGAAAAAGAAAGACAUCCACAUUCCCCUCACACCUGUGGAAUUGGCAGCGGUAGCAGACACUGGAUCAGACCGUCUGGCUGCAUACAAGACCUACAGCUUUCUCUCCGAAAUCAACAGAGGCCGUUUCAGUGUGGUGAGACAGUGUCAGGAUGACCAGAGCAAGCAACUAUUUGCAGCAAAGAUCAUCCCCUACAAACAAGAGCAGCAGCAGCAGGUAUUGCACGAAUACCAGCUGUUGAAGAAGUUGGACCACACUCACAUUGUCCAGCUACAUGCUGCCUUCAUCACCCCAUGCUACCUGGUGUUGAUUGAGGAGCUGUGUGCUGGACGUGAGCUUCUGCAUAACCUGGCUGAGCGGGACCUGUAUGCAGAGAUGCAUGUAGCAGAGCUCCUGCAGCAGAUUCUGAGCGGUGUGGACUACCUUCACAGCAGCUACAUUGUGCACCUGGACUUAAAGUCAGACAACAUACUUGUGACAGAUCACAACCUAUUGAAGAUAGUGGACCUGGGUUCAGCCCAGACCUUCACCCCAGGACAGACCCUCUCUGUGGAGCACAUUCAGGAAACAAAGGAGAACAAAGUAAAUAUUGCCCUUCCCAAAGCACCUGAAGUUUUAGAAAGGGAAGCUGUGGGACCUGAAACAGACAUCUGGGCCAUUGGCGUUUUGAUUUUUAUCAUGCUGAGUGGGGAUGACCCCUUCAAAUCUGAGCUGCACUGGGAAAGCGAAGACAACAUCAGGAAAGGGAAAAUACAGUUCAGCAGGUGCUAUCCUGGGCUUUCUGAGGGAUCAGUCAGUUUCAUCAAGAGGACUCUUAACUAUAAGCCCUGGGGAAGACCGUCAGCUGCAGAGUGCCUCCAAAUUCCAUGGGUUAAGGGGUUACAUCACUCAUCCCGCCACUGUCACUCCAUUGUGUGCUUCUCCACCGACAAACUGCAGGCUUAUCUUGAGGAGCAGGAGAUGAAGCGAGAGAAAGCCUGCACAAAGAUGGAUGUUCCACUCCUCAAUUAAGGGCAGAUCCAAAUUAGCAAGGUGGAUAUCUCACUAAACUCACCAGCUACCAAUCAUAUUUGCAUGUCUGUGGAACCCAUCCAUAUGAGAGCAAAUUAUUAUGCCAUGAUGUUUAGUCUUAGUCUUAAUUUCAAGUAAUUCCAUUUUGCACAAAAAUUUCAAUAAAUAACAAAAUCAGAUACUCAGAUAUCCAUUUCUACAAUACUUUCAAGUUAUAUCAGUUGUGUGAAAAGACCUAGUUCCUAGAACCUAGAACUCUAUAUUACCUAGUUCAUUUUCCAGUUGUAUUGCAAUAACAUAUCAGCAUCUGCUUUAUCACUGCACUGGCCAAGUGGAGGUUCUUGCGCAUAAUAUGUUAAAGACAAGAUUGAUGGGAUCCUUGAUGGUAUGUAUUGUCAAAAGUUAGCAAUAACAGUAAUAAUGAUAAUAAUAGUAAUAAUAAUAAUAAGAAGAAGAAGAAUAAACUUUACUUGAAUAGCACCUUUCUUACAAGAAAUGCAGCUCAAAUUUAUUUACAAUAAAGAAAUUACAUGCACCGAGUGCUUCACAUGAAAACAGACAUAUAAUGAACAUAAAAACGGAUAAAAUGGCAUAAUUAUAAAAACAGGGAUAGAAUGCCAAAAUUAAUUUGACAUAGAAUGAACAUUUAAAAAAAUAUACUAAGCAUAUGUCCUCAAAAAAUAAGAGAAAUGUGCCAUACAUAGUGUUUGCAGUUGGUUGCAUAUUUUUAGAUAUGAGCAUGUAAAAGAAUGUUCUGACAGUGUGAGAAACAAGUUCCUGUGCAUCUGUGAAAAAUGAAUUAAAGCACCACCAUGCACACG